AUGGCGCGACUCUUGCAGUUCACGACCGGCUGCUCACAACUGCCUCCGGGAGGCUUCCAAGAACUCAACCCCAAGUUUCACAUCACAUCCGCGCCCACAUUCGGUGUACUGCCGACGGCUCACACCUGCUUCAACCAAAUCUGUUUACCUGAAUACGACUCGUAUGAACAGUUCGAGAGAGCGCUGAGAAUAGCCAUCACUGAGGGAGGGGAGGGAUUCGGGAUGAUAUAA